AGAGAGCUCGCAGAUGAACUGUGUCUGCGGCUAGGUCACGCUUUCGAGAUGUGCUGUUCCUAGGUAGUAGAAGAGCGCAUGCUGAUGUACAAUAAAUCAAACCAAAACCUGUCAGCGUCAGGGGUAAAAUAUAAAAUAAAUGGCCGUCUCCUUCGAGGAUUAUGUUUCCCUACGGCAAGAGUCCCUCCUUCUGCAGGCGGUUUCUGGUUUGCUCCAAGAUCAGCAUGCUUCGCCGCAGUUGGAACAAUUCUGGCGCGUGUUAACCAAGACGAUUGACAAGUCCACAACUGUGGCCCGUGCUAAACAGGAGGAUGGACAAAAUGAAUCAAAUAGAGGAGACGUUGAAGACAAGCUGGAAGUGGCGACGCGUAAAUUAGAAAAGUACAAUGAGGACCGAAAGUUGGUGGCAAAAGUCUACGAUGCGCUGGUCGGAGCAGCGGAAGGGGCAGAAGCAGAUCCGGGCACCGCGGGUAAGGAUCUUGUAGGACAAAACAAAAUAGUUCCCACAACGGGCGCCAGCACAACGCCAUUGACCUUGAACCACUAUGACGAGCUUGUGACCGCGCAUCUUUUGGUCUUCACCCACGAGAUAUUGCCACGGAUCCUUUUGGAGAAGUACGGGCGGCAUUUGCGCAUGGCAAGCGGGACGUCUGGCUCAUCUUCAACUGCGGAGAGUAAGAAAAAAUUCCCGGAACAGAUCUUCAAGAAAAUGAACGAAAAGCACUUCAGCACCCUCACGACAAUAGCCCAAGCCUGUUGCGAGCGCGUCCUCCCCUCCACGCUGAGCCUGGCGCAUCACUGCAAGGCGCUGGUAGAAGGCGAAACAGGAACUAGUACGCGAGGAUUGGGAAAGGACGGCGGGGAGACGAAAAUACUGGGAAAUGAAGGCGCUGAAGAGACCAAACAGGAGAGUGAUGCGCCGCCGCGGGAAAAAAUAGAUGCUUUCGACGACCAGAAUAAUCCACGAAUCCUUUUCGAGCAACGGGUGCUGAACGCUCUGACAGUCAGCUGCGAGACGUUGCUAUUCCGCAUGGCGUAUCAGUGCUUGAACGAGUACCCAGAUGUAACGGACGAUCUCUUUAAUCACUUACUCGGGUUGACAGAAGAAUCAAUAUCAAAUUGACAGCGCGUAGUAGUUCUAGCACAGGCAU